GUCGCCAAGGUUUUGUACAAAUAGUUGUAGUGGCACGUUACUCUUAGAAAAUCCCUUGGGAUCACCUGUCAUGACUAGUUGCAAGCAGCUUAUAGAAGAGGCUCAUUCCAUCUGGGGAUUCCCUGUUAAGAAUGCUAAAUUGUAUGUAUCAAGAAAAGAAAUUGAUGAGAAAACAUCUGUGACCACCCUUGCAGGGAAAACUGUGGUCAUAACUUAUGUCCAGAAUAAAGUUCCAGUUGCAACAUCUGCUGUCAAGCCUUAUAGCAAGUAUGUUAAUGUGGAAAGCUGUGAUAAGAAAGCUUGUGUUCUUUUGGAGAAUCCUUGUGGAGAUGGUAUUAUGUCAUCAGAAAUGUUCCAGAAAGUUGUUCAGCGUGUGUUAAAUUUGACAUCCAUGCCUAUGUUGUUUACAGAUGUUAACAGAAAGAAAGUACUUCAGAUAAAUGGUGGUAGUCUAACAAAGUUACAUGGGUGCACUGUGUAUGUCUAGGCUUUUUCUCUGUCAAUGGCCAAUUACAAUAUUGUAAUUACUGGUAAAUAUAUAUAUUUCUACAUAUAUAUCUUGGAUUUAAACUUUAUCAGACUCAUACAUAAUGAUAAACGUGUAUAGUAUAUAAAGUUUUCCUGCACUCAUCAGUACUUAUCAUGUAAUAUGUUAUAAUUGCUUUUGAGUUUUUAAUGUAGUUGAGAACUGAUCAUCAAGACAAAACUGUUUGCAAUACAGACAGUGAGGUCAUGUCUUAUAAGAAUGCACAACCCAUCAUAAAGCAAGAACUAUUUGCAAAGUAGUAUAUUAAUAUUUGGAUUCUUAGUUUCCUUGAGCAUAAUACAUCAGAUACAAGACUUCCCACCAGUAAAGGUGCCUUUAGUGAAGUCCCCAUCCCCAUAGUGACUUGUACAAUUUUUUUUGUUUUAUGUAAACAUUCAUGUAAUUUUUUGCAAUUUUUAUUUUCAUGUAAUUCCUGCCAAGUAGGUUUAUUAAAAUUUAUUAGUCAUAUGUUACAAAAACUAAUAAUUUUAGUUAUUGUCUAAAUUGUGUCUAAAAGUUUGCAGCUCAUAAUUGAAUUAAUCUUUGUAAUGGAUAAUCUUGUUCUCUCUCUCUCUCUCUCUCUCUCUCUCAACAGUUGUCAUAUAUUCUGUGGUGUGUUUGAAAAUUAAACUGGAAACCUAUAUAUUCAAUUCAAAGUAAGAUGGUAAGUAUUCGAUGUUUCUUAAAUGAAAUUAAUUUCUCCUAAUAUGUUACCAUUCAUAUAGUGCAUGGUGACCACUUUUCUUAGUUUACAGUUUUAUGCCAUUCAUCUGGGAAUCAGAUUAGAUUUUAACAUUUCUACUGUUUGUAUCCAUUCCACAUUAAAAUAUUCAUUGUGUUUCUGUUUUGGAGGUCAGAACUUCUCUAAGUGGUAGAAAUAACUGUGGAACAUUAUGUAAAAUUUGGUGCAAAUGUAUAAUUUAGAUAAUGCUACUACCUAUUAUUGGGAAAUCUGGAAAGAAUUUUGGUAUUUGAAAAGAUAGGAUCAAGGUAAUUUAAAUCUGUAAGAUUACUUAAUGUAAAAUCCUUGUCUAGUAAGGGCAGCAAUUUACAUUUUUCACAUAUACCAAAUAACAUAAUUUAAUAUGUAUUUGCUGAAGUUGUGAGGUGGUUUUAGAAAAUCAAUUAAAUAAUUUGUAGUUUAGAAAAUUAUGUACGUUCAAGCUAAGAAAUAGCAAUUAACUUUCAUGCUUUUACCAGUCUGUUGUGUCCAGGAUGAAAUUGAGCAUAAACAUUUUGUCAUGCAAUACUAUUCAUUCUGAAACUAGUGCCUUUACUGCAACUGAAGAUUUGAUUCAGUUUUAACAAUUUUUAACAUCAUGGUUAGAAUGAAGAGAAUUUAUUCCUGUAUGAGUUUGGUGCAUAAACUAAAAAUUUAGUUACCAAUUACCAGUUUUCAUUAUGUAAUGAAAUAGGGGUUUAUACUACUGCUUGGUACACCAAGUUUUGUUAAUUUUUUUUUUAAACAUUACUAAAGAUUUUUCACUGUGAUAGUCAUAAGCAAUAAGAUAAUUUUGUUUUAAUUUUUAUUAAAAUUUUAUGAGCAUUUUACACAGGUGUUCAUAUACGUACUGUAAUAUUGGCUUAUGUUUUAUUUAUGUCAGGCAGAUGGUGGAAAGUGUGAAAAAAAGCAUUAUUCACUUGAGAAUCAAAAGAGAAUAACAACCUCCAACUUCUUUUUGAUCACAAAACAGGUUUUUAUUAAACUGAUUAAGAACCUGCUUCACUUAAUUGAAAAUGGUAGCCUACAAUAUUUUUUCUGUAAGUCUUGAAAGUUUAUAUUUUUUCUAGUGAGUGGCUAGAGAAGAAAAUGUUAAAUUCCAGAAUGUUAGAAUAGAGGUGGUGGAUGUAAAAAAUCCAUGACAGGUGUUAGAAACUGAAAGCAAAGUUUGAUCUGAUGCCCUUACAGCAUCAAUACAAAAACACACAUCACAUUUUUAUCAGUUAGCAUUUCUCUUAAUUUUGUUGAAGUAUUAUUACUUGAAGGAGAAAUCAAUUUUACCAUUGUUUUAUAUUCUCUUUGUAGGAUGGCUGUUGCCACACUUGUAUGAAAGGCAUCUUACUCCUAUAGUAAAUUGGUUGUUUUCAAUAAA